UGAGCCUUUUUAGUACCCGUACCAGUGUACCACCGAAAGCUUUCCGAAGGCACACGCGAAGUGAUAUUUGAACCAUACAGUGAGAGGACAGAAUAUAGCCCCGUGGAUUGGAGCCAGCAGGUCACUCGCGAUGUCGUUGAUAAACGUCCGAACUCUCCGAGCCUUCACCACAGCACGGCGCACAACUCGGGGUCCUUUGUGGGCAGUUCUCCCAGUGAGCCUUGGGCGCCGCCAGCACACAGACUUGGGUUCGGAGAGCCAGUAUGACCGACUGUACCAGGGUCACAUCCCCACUAACCCCUUUCAGAAGGCCCUGCUAGCUGUGGGCUCAGGGGUGGCUGCCCUGCAGGACCCCUACAGGCAUGACAUGGUGGCAGUGUUGGGAGAGACGACGGGUCACCUGGCCUUGAGGAGUAUGCGGGACCAGAUGAAGAGCGAUCCUGAGGGGUGCAGCAUUCUCCUAGAGCGUCCACGCAUCCGUCUGUCCACUCUGGACCUUUCCCACAUGAGGACCCUGCCGGAGGGGUCCCUAGGGAGGGAGUACCUCCGUUUCCUGGAGGACAAUCAAGUGACCCCUGACUCGCGGGCGGAUGUGAAGUUUGUGGACAGUGAGGAGCUAGCGUACGUCAUGCAGCGCUAUCGCGAAGUGCACGACCUCCUGCACACGCUGCUCGGAAUGCCCACGAACAUGCUGGGCGAGGUUGCAGUGAAGUGGUUUGAAGCUGCUCAGACCGGCUUGCCCAUGUGCAUUCUGGGAGCUGCACUGGGACCUCUACGCCUCUCUAGUAGACGGCUGCAGCCGCUGGUCACGUCCCUGGGCCCGUGGGCGCUGCGAAGCGGGAGACGGGCGCGCUGCGUUCUGAGCGUCUUCUACGAGCGCCGCUGGGAGCAGAGCCUGGAGUCGCUGCGGGAGGAGCUGGGCAUCGACCCGCCGCCGCUGACGCUUCGGACAGCCCGCAGGGCGUCCCCUCCUGACUCCUGAGUCACAGCAGCGCUGCUCCAAACUAAUGGGUUUAAAUUGCUCUGCAGUGAAAGGGAGGGGUUUUACGCAUCUCAGCCGUUGUCCACCAUGUCCAGCGCCCAGCCGUGUGAGUCGAGUUCAAGGCUGGAAUUCUCCCUCUGCGUGCCUGCACUCUGAUCCCUGACCGGCAGAAUGAUGAGCCUGACGGGAAUGAACCGCACAUGGUUUUGGCAUGGUUGGAAUUCAGCUCUUCCCCUUCCCUUCAUUCCGUUUCCUGUGACACAGAACGCACGUGUUCAGGGGAGGGGGGUCGGUGCAUUCCCAGGCUCCGAGCAGUCCAGGGGGGAUGAGAACUCCCCCAUUUGGGCAACUGGUACCGCCAGACAUUAAACAUGACUAGACAUGUGCGUCAUUCACUGAAUCACUUUUUAAAACAUGCUGCUUUGUGUGCUUGUACAGAAAAUAAAAUCAACAUUGGAAAUAUUGGUGCAAUUUGGACCCAGAAUUUCUCACAAAUUAAUGAGCAGGUCAUGGAAUCCCAGGUACUGUGUUAAUCACAUUCUUCACCUGCAAGCUUGGCCAGACACGGGAGUGAAAUGAUAGUCUGCUUAAAAGAAGAUUUCUUUUCUGAUAAGUAUUCAUUUGCUUUGCACUGUGCACUGUGAAGAUGUUUAAAUAAAUGCACUGAAAUCCCA